GGAGGAGAGAGAGGAGAAGAGAAGAAGGAGGAGGGAGAGGAGGAGGGGCGCAGGGCCGCGGCGCCUGCUCCGGGCGUUGGCACCACAGGACUUUCCUUCCCCGCGGUGCGCUCCCCUGCUGUCCCGAGGCUGCCAGCCCCGCUCGGGCGCUCGCCUGCCCACCCGCCCCAUGGCUUCUCCGGACGACCCUCUACGCGCAGAUCACAUGGCGAAGGAGCCAGUGGAAGACACAGACCCUAGCACUUUAUCCUUCAACGUGUCAGACAAAUAUCCCAUUCAAGAUACGGGACUCCCUAAAGCUGAGGAGUGUAAUCCAAUUACUUUGAACUGCCCAACAAAUUCUGAUGUGCAACAUCAGGGAGAAGAAAAUGGCUUUGCAGACAGUACUGGAGAUCCGCUUUCAGAUAUAAGCAAGGACACUUCCUGCCCGGAGAACUGUACUUGCUCCUCUUGCUCACUCCGGGCCCCCACCAUCAGUGACUUGCUCAAUGAUCAGGACUUACUCGACGUGAUCAGGAUAAAGCUGGAUCCCUGUCACCCAACGGUCAAAAACUGGAGGAAUUUUGCAAGCAAAUGGGGCAUGCCCUACGAUGAACUGUGUUUCCUGGAGCAGAGGCCGCAGAGCCCCACCUUGGAGUUCUUGCUCCGGAACAGCCAGAGGACGGUGGGCCAGCUGAUGGAGCUCUGCAGGCUGUACCACAGGGCCGACGUGGAGAAAGUCCUGCGCAGGUGGGUGGAUGAGGAGUGGCCCAAGAGGGUGCGUGGAGACCACCCCAGGAACUUCUAG